UCCCUGGCCAUUUAAAGAUCAACUUUCAUCAUGAAUGACACAGUAACUAUCCAGACCAUGAAGUUCAUGACCAACAGACUACUUCAUUGGAAGCAAAUGGUAACUGAUGUCUUCACUCUGGGAAGGCAGCCCAAGACAGAAAUUUGGGAAAAACUAGCCAAAAUAUAUAAGACCACACCAGAUGUCAUCUUUGCGUUUGGAUUCAGAAUCCACUCUGGUGGUGGCAAGACAACUGGCUUUAGCAUGACUUGUGAUUCCUUGGAUUACACAAAGAAAAAUGAACCCAAGCAUAGACUUGAAAGACAUGGCCUAUAUGAGAAGAAGACCUCAAGAAAACAGAGAAAGGAACAUAAGAACAGAAUGAAGAAAGUCAGGGGGACUGCAAAGGCCAAUGUUGGUGCUGGCAGAAAGGAGCAAAGAUUCUUCGGUGACUAUCUGUGGUGAUUGUGCAGAUUUUUCAUGAGAGGAUUAAUAAACUAAGAACUUUUAA